UACGCAGCAUCACUCUGACAGCAGGAGGAGGGCGGUGUUACGCAGCAUCAUCGGAGCUUGUCGUUUUAUUGUACGGCUGCUGAUGCUGAGAAAAAUGUAGGACCAUGAUUGUGGAUUUGAGGUUUGUGGACUGUGGCACAUCGUGGCGGAUUGUUUUCUAGGUAUUCUGACUGCAAGGAUAAUGAGGAAAAGACGGAACUGGAAAUGACACUGUAACUUGAAGUGAUGGACAAUAAGAGUGUUUGAGGAACCCCUACAUCUGACCCAAUGGCAAAGAAAGGCCGCGCCAAGGGCGAGAAGCCUGAAGCGCUCAUCUCUGCCUUACAGGCAGCCAAUGAAGAUCUCAGGUCUAAAUUAACCGAUAUUCAAAUUGAACUGCAUCAAGAAAAAUGCAAGGUGACCAAACUGGAGCGAGAAAAGGUGCAGGAAGGCAAGCGCAUUCGUGAACAGGAGCAGCAUCGGCACACUGCGGCGCUGACAGAGCAACGGGCCCGCUGGCACGAAGAAAAGUUAAAGGAACUCGCUGCGCUGAGGGAAUCGCUAACACGGCAGCAUGAACAGGAAUUAGCCCGCACAGCUAAGAUUAAAGAAGGCGAGAUCCAGCGCUUACGGACUGCACUUAGUGCGCUACGCGAUGGCAGUGGCGAGAAAGUACGUACUGCGCUAACGCUAGAGGCCAGAGAGGAAGCCCGUCGGUUCUUUGACCAGGAGCGCGUAAAGCUGCUGCAAGAAAUAGCAGAGCUGAAGUCUUCUAAACGGCAGACGGAUGAAGCGCUUAGUACUAUGAUUAUAGCCGACAAGAUGAAGGCAGGUGACUUGCGCACUGAACAUCAAGCGCACCAGGAACAAAUAACCAAGAUCAAGUGGGACUGUGAGCGAGAUAUCCGUCGACUGGUGGAUGAGAUCAAGUCAAAAGACAGAACGAUCUUCUCGCUGGAGAAAGAGCUGGAAACAGCGACAGGCUUCGUGCAGAAGUUGCAGCUACAGAAGGAUGCACUUGAUGAGCAGCUGUUUCUGGUCAAAGAGGCAGAAUGCAACCUGGGUAGCCCAAAAAGAGAAAUCCCCGGCCGCGCUGGUGAUGGAGCAGAGCAUUGUGGGAGUCCGGACAUGAGAAGAAACCAGAAACGCAUGAGUGAACUUAAAGCCACCAUUCGUAAGCUGGAGGACCGUAAUUCAAUCCUAGUGGAUGAAAGAAAUGAGCUGUUGAAGCGUGUUCGGGAAACAGAGAAACAGUGCAAGCCGUUACUGGAGAGGAACAAAUUAUUAAAUAAGAAAAAUGACGAACUGAGUCAGUCCCUCCAGAGGAUGGAGGAUAAACUGAAAUCCAUAACCAAGGAGAACAUGGAGAUGAAGGAAAAGAUUACAUCCCAUCCUCCACUGAAGAAACUCAAGUCUCUGAAUGAUCUGGAUCAGGCCAACGAUGACCAAGAGAUUGAGUUCCUCAAGCUGCAAGUGCUAGAGCAACAGAGUAUGAUCGAUGAUCUGACACGAGAUAGAGAAAAACUCUUGAGAAAGAAGAGGCAUAAACGAAGCAGACCUAUAAAGAGGCAUAUUGUUGUAGAUACAUUCUAUGGGUAUGAUGAAGAGUCUAUGGAUUCGGAAACUUCCUCAGUGGCUUCUCUGCGCAUGGAUCGAACCCCAGCCACUCCAGACGAAGAUUUAGAUGAGGGUCUGGCGGCUGAAGAGUCCGAAUUGCGGUUUAAGCAGUUGACGCGGGAAUAUCAGGCUCUUCAAAGAGCCUACGCUCUGCUACAGGAGCAGAAGGGAGGCAUGCUGGAUGCUGAAAUGGAGGCUAAGGCUCAUGAGCAGCUCCAGGCAGACACUCAGAGGUAUAAGGCUAAAAUCGAAGACCUGGAAAAAGAGCUUGCUGUAAAAGGACAGGACUCCAGAUGGGUGGAGGAGAAGCAACUGUUCCUCAGGCGCAAUCAAGAGCUGCUGGAUAAGGUUGAAAAGUUGGAGAAUGAAAAUGGAAAGCUGCAGCAGGAACUACAGGACUCUAAAGAUCAGAAUGAACUGCUGGAGUUUCGCAUACUUGAGCUGGAGGAGCGUGAGAGGAGAUCGCCUCCGUUUAACCUUCAAAUCCAUCCUUUCUCCGAGGGAGUGAGUGCACUACAGAUCUACUGUAUAAAGGAGGGAGUGAAGGACGUGUGUAUACCAGACCUCAUCAAGCUGCUGGAUAUCCUCGGGGAUAAUGGGAACUUGAGGAAUGAGGAGCAGGUGGCCAUUAUUCAAGCAAGCACUGUGCUGUCUCUCGCUGAGAAGUGGAUUCAGCAGAUUGAAGGAACAGAAGCAGCUCUGCAUCAGAAGAUGAUGGACCUGGAGCUUGAGAUGGAGAUGUUCUGCAAACAAAAGGGAUAUCUGGAGGAGGAGCUGGACUACAGGAAGCAGGCGCUGGACCAGGCUUAUAUGCAAAUCCAGGAGUUGGAGGCUACCCUGUACAACGCAUUGCAGCAGGAUAAAGUGAUCAAAUACGGAGAACCUCUGGACGAGCUGCAGAAGGAUGAGUUACGCUCGGCCGUGGAGAAACUCCGCAGACAGAUGCUGCGUAAGAGCCGAGAGUAUGACUGUCAGGUGCUGCAGGAGAGGAUGGAGCUGCUCCAUCAAGCCCAUCAGAGGAUCAGAGACCUGGAAGAUAAGACUGACAUUCAGAGGAGACAGAUUAAAGAUCUAGAGGAGAAGUUUUUAUUUCUCUUUUUAUUCUUCUCUCUUGCCUUUAUUCUUUGGCCUUGAUGUCUGUGACAUCUCCUGCAGAGGAUUUGAAGCAACCCGGAGCUGUCGCAUGCAACUGCAGUCGUCCGGUUGUAACGACUCAAGGUGUAUUACUGGCUGUUUUGUUUUGCUUGUGUGGAAGUGGGAAAUACAAAGUUGAUGAUGGAUUUUGUUGGGAUCAUCUGCACUGGAUUUGAUUAAACCUCUGUGGAGAACCAGGACAGAAUGCUUGAAAUCACACUUACAGAUCAAUACAAGUGUGACGAAAACAUAAUCAUCAACCCAACUAGAGGAUUAUGGAUUAUCUCUGCCAUGCAGGGACCCGCCAUGACCACGUCUUUACUGCAUCUACUGCGACUACUACCAACCAGAACACACAAACCUCUUUCUUUCUCACUCUGUCUCUCUGUCUCUCCUCCCACACACACUUUGGGAAACUGAAAGCGAAAUGGACGCCUUUGCAGACACACAUCCUCUCGCAGGAGUUUUGGGUGCUGACUCAGGGCCUGUUAGUGAGGUGACUGUCGCGUCUCUGUUGUCAGGAUCCCUUAGGAGAGGUGUCUUCCUCACUGCCUGAACACAGAAACGACAAAGAGACAGAUUGAGAGAGAAAGCGAGACCGUCCACACUAGCAGUUUUUGUUUACCCCUAGAAAGUUGAGCAGACUACUGCAACCAACCUGCUGUUAAAGGGAAAGUUCAUGCAAAAAUGAAAAUUCUGUCAUCAUUUACUCACCCUCAAGUUGUUCCAAACCUGUAUGAGUUUCUUUGCUCUGUUGAACACAAAAGAAGACAUUUUAAAGAAUGUUGGUAAACAGACAGUUGAUUGCACACCCCUGUCCUGGAUUAUAUCAUAUCAACUUAAGCAUUUUCAAUCGAGAUCAUCUACAGUUGCAUCUGGUGUCCCUCAGGGUUCUGUUUUGGGCCCGUUUCUAUUCAUUAUCUACUCAGUCCCUCUUGGACACAUUUUCAGGAAAUAUGGUAUUCACUGCUACGCCGAUGACACCCAGCUCUACCUGUCGUCCAAACCCUCUUAUUUGUCCAACGUUUUAGCUGAAAUUUAAAUAUAAAACCGAGAUCUUACUUGUAGGCACAAGAUCUUCUCUGACCAAAUCUGACUGUUUUUCUGUGGAUAUCAACACGCAAUUUGUCCUUCCCUGCAGGUUAAGAGUCUGGGUGUUAUUCUGGAUAGCACACUUUCCUUUGAAGCUCAUAUUAAUAAUAUUACGCGUACUGCAUACUAUAUUAAUCAUCUUCAUCCGUCCCUCACAAUGAACAACACUGCAAUUCUCAUCCAUGCACUGGUUUCUUCACGUAUCAAUAAUUGUAAUGCUCUUCCUUCCAGACUUCUCUAUAAACUACUAGAACUCCUUCUACUGUGCACAUUUCACCAACUAUAUCGAUUGCACUGGAUUUCAGUGAAGUAUCGGAUUGAUAUUCUGCUUCUCGCAUUCAAGCCACUUCACAAUCUCGCUCCUCCGUACCUCACUGAUCUUCUUCAUAUUUAAACCCUCCAACCACUCACUCUCUCAAUCUGCAUACUUUCAAAUCCCGUCUUAAGACCUACCUUUUUUACCCAGGCUUUUUUAUGACCUGCUUUUAUUAGCCUGUACUGUAUUCUACUGUAUCUAUGAUGAGUGUGUGCUGUUGAGUUGUUGUUUUCUGUGAUGCUAAUGGGAUUUGUUUAUUGUUAUUCAUCUAUUUGUGAUCCUGGACCACAAAACCAGUCAUAAGUCAAUUUUUGACUAAAUGACUAAAUAAGCUUUCCAUUAAUUUAUGGUUUGUUAGGAUAGGACAAUAUUUGGUCGAGAUGCACGUAUUUCAAAAGUGUGCAAAAAAGUCAAAAUAUUGAGAGAAUCACCUUUGAAGUUGUCCAAAUGAAGUCCUUAGCAAUGCAUAUCCACUCACAAAAAUACAUUUUUGACACAUUUACAGUUGAAAAUUUACAAAAUAUAUU